AUGAACGAUUUCCACGACCGUGUUCCCUCAUCGAUGGUUUCAGGUUAUUGGCAUGAGGCGAAAACCAAGAUGGCCGCCGAUUCCGUGCAGCUCAAGGCCUUAGCAAGGGCCCCGCAGCAAGCUGUGGGGGGCCAGCUGGUGGCAGAGCGACUCGGUCUGGGAAACAACCUGGAUCUGUCGGACACCAUGGUCCAGCAGAAGCUGGAUGAGAUCAAGGAGCAGAUCCGCCGAGAGAUCCGCAAAGAGCUGAAAAUCAAAGAGGGUGCUGAGAACCUGCGCAAGGUCACCACAGACAAGAAGAGCCUGGCAUAUGUUGACAACAUGCUAAAAAAGUCCAACAAGAAGGUGGAGGAGCUCCACCAGGAGCUCCAAGAACUUAACGCUCACAUCGUGGUCAAAGACCCAGAAGAACUUCUAGAAUGUCCUUUAACACCAGACACCCCAAACAGUGAAGCUAGAAUGUGCACCAGCAGCAGUCGCCUGGCAGCUUUGAAACGGCAGAAUGACAUCGAGCUGAAGGUGAAACAGGGCGCAGAGAACAUGAUUCAGAUGUACUCCAACGGGCCCUCCAAGGACCGUAAAUUGUUAGCAACCGCCCAGCAAAUGCUUCAAGACAGCAAAACAAAGAUUGAGUUCAUCAGGAUGCAGAUCCUGAAGGCCAGCCAGACCAGCGAGCUCAGCUUCGAGAACAAUGACGUGAUGGAUAAGCCCAUUAUUAGCCCUUUAGACCUGCGGGUGGAAGAGUUGUGUCACCACGCCAGGAUAGAGUCUGCAGUGGCUGAGGGUGCAAAGAACGUCAUGAAACUCCUUGGCUCCGGAAAAGUCACAGAAAAAAAGGCACAUUCAGAGGCCCAGGCUCGAUUUACAGAGUCCAAUCAGAAACUUGACCUCUUGCGAUACUCCCUGGAGCAACGCCUCAACGAGUUGCCCAAAAACCACCCCCGUAGCAACAGCAUCACCGAGGAGCUGUCUCUGCUGUCCUCACCGGCCCUCAGUCCCAGAUCCAGCAUCAUCUCAACACAGAACCAGUACAGCACCGUAACCAAGCCUGCGGCACUCACAGGGACGUUGGAUGUGAGGCUCAUGGGCUGUCAAGACCUUCUGGAAAACGUUCCUGGUCGUUCCAAAGCUGCAUCCGUCCCACUGCCUGGCUGGAGCCCCAGCGAGACUCGCUCGUCCUUCAUUAGUCGAGCAAACCGAAACCGGGGCGUGAGCUCGAGGAACCUAACAAAGAGCGAGGAGCUCUCCAAUGAGAUCAGUGCAGUUUUGAAGUUGGACAACACAGUUGUGGGGCAGACGGGCUGGAGGCCGGUCAGCAACCAGGCCUGGGACCAGAAGUUUACACUGGAACUGGACCGGUCCCGUGAGCUGGAGAUCUCCGUGUACUGGCGGGACUGGCGUUCACUUUGCGCCGUCAAGUUCCUGCGACUGGAGGACUUCCUGGACAACCAACGUCACGGAAUGUGUCUGUACCUGGAGCCCCAAGGGAUGCUGUUUGCUGAGGUAACGUUUUUUAACCCUGUCAUUGAGAGAAGACCAAAGCUGCAAAGACAAAAGAAGAUUUUCUCCAAACAACAAGGUAAGACUUUCCUGCGAGCCCCUCAAAUGAACAUUAACAUCGCCACCUGGGGCCGGCUCGUGAGGAGAGCCAUACCGACGGUCAGCACCAACUCCUUCAGCCCCCAAGCAGCCGAGACCGGACCCAGCAGCCUGCCCGGUUCACCCACGCCCACCAGCGACCCACUGGUAACCAAGCUGGACUUCGACAAAGAGCCCGCACCAGGACCCAAACACUACCCAGAACCCGAUGACAUCAGAGAGCCACUGACGCAGCACAAGAUCCCCGACAAGGAGGAGGUACAGGAUGCACUCGCUUCGUUCGACUUCCUCAACAAGAGGAACAGCACGGUGCUGAAGCCGGGCCUGGACGGCGUGCUGGAGCUGGAGAACAGACACCCGGACCUGGAGCUCAACGCCUUUCACAAGGACACAGAGAUAAGGGAAGAAGAACAGUUCCACUUCAAUCUCCGGGACUUCAAAUGUGUAGCAGUCCUUGGACGUGGUCAUUUUGGAAAGGUGCUCUUAGCGGAAUAUAAAAGCACUGGGGAGAUGUUUGCCAUCAAAGCUUUGAAGAAGGGAGACAUCGUGGCUCGCGAUGAGGUCGACAGGUUUUAUGCAGCCUGUGUGGUUUUGGGACUACAGUUUUUACACGACCAUAAGAUUGUCUACAGAGAUCUGAAGCUGGAUAACCUGCUUCUGGAUACAGAGGGCUAUGUCAAGAUCGCCGACUUUGGGCUUUGUAAAGAAGGUAUGGGAUUCAGGGACCGCACCAGCACAUUUUGUGGCACGCCCGAGUUUUUGGCCCCGGAGGUUCUGACCGAGACGUCGUACACCCGCGCAGUGGACUGGUGGGGACUGGGCGUCCUCAUCUUUGAGAUGCUG